CCGGGCUCUGCCAUGGUGGACCCGGUGGGCUUCGCCGAGGCGUGGCGCGCCCAGUUCGCCGACUCGGAGCCGCCCCAGAUGGCGCUGCGCUCGGUGGGCGACAUCGAGGCGGAGCUGGAGCGCUGCAAGGCGUCCAUCCGCCGCCUGGAGCUGGAGGUGAACAAGGAGCGCUUCCGCAUGAUCUACCUGCAGACGCUGCUGGCCAAGGAGAAGAAAAGCUACGACCGGCAGCGCUGGGGCUUCGAGCGCGCCUUGCGCGGGGCCCGCGACGAGGGCGGCGCAGAGGAGCGAGAGGCGGCGGAGGCAGAGCCGCCCGGCCCGACCCGGCCCCCGAGCACGACCACGCCGCCGCCAAGCGACAAGCCCCACCGGCCGCGGCCGGCCGCCCUCCGCAAGUGCUCGGCGCAGAGCGACGGCUCGGAGGCGGACAGCCCUCAGCCAGGCGACGGCAAACAGGCGAGAGAGGCGGCAUUGGGGGGCUCCCCGGCAAAGGCUCGGCUGGCUCCCAGCAGCGGCCGCCGCCGCCGCCUGCUGAGCCUCUCCUCGGAGAGGGACGCGGGCGUCUCGGAGGCGGGGGGCGGCCCCGCAGCCAGCACGGUGGCAGCGCUGCGCUGCAGCUUCGAGCGGCUGAAGGCGCCCGCGGCGGCGGGGGACGGCAAGGAGGCGCCGGCCUCGCCGUCGGAGAAGCCCUUCUACGUCAACCUGGAGUACCACCACGAGAGGGGCCUGGUGAAGGUCAACGACAAGGAGGUCUCGGACCGGAUCAGCUCGCUGGGCAGCCAAGCCAUGCAGCUGGAGGCGCGCAAGAAGGUGCCGCUGCCGCUGCGGGGCCGCCCGGCUGAGGACGGCGACUACGAGGAUGCGGAGCUGAACCCGCGUUUCCUCAGGGAGAACCUGUUGGACGGCAACGGGGGCGCCCGGCCGGCCUGGCCGGCGGCGGCCCCGGACUUCCAGCCCUACCAGAGCGUCUACGUGGGCAGCAUGAUGGCGGCGCUGACCGCGGGGGGCGACGGCGGGGAGACGGACAGGGCCGCCCCGCCGCUCCUGCGCGGCCACUCGGCUGCCCCCGUCGAGGCGGAGAAGCCGCGCACCUGGCCGCGCCGCUCCUACUCGCCGCGCAGCUUCGAGGACAUCGGUGGUGGCUACACGCCCGACUGCAGCUCCAACGAGAACCUCACGUCGAGCGAGGAGGACUUCUCCUCGGGCCAGUCCAGCCACGUGUCGCCCAGCCCCACCGCCGGCCGCCUCUACGGGCGCGACAAGAGCCGCUCCCCGUCGCAGAACUCUCAGCAGUCCUUCGACAGCAGCGGCAGCCCCCCGACUCCCCAGCCCCAGAAGCGGCACCGGCAACAGCAAGGGGCCGCCUCCGAAGCCACUGGCGUGGGCGCCCGGAAGAGCGGGCAGACCUGGUCCGGUGAGGGGGACUCGCACGCCGCCGGCAGAGCCUCCCUGGACAGCUGCUUCCACGUCGGAGAUGCAGACAUCGCUUUUGGUGGAAUGCCGCCCGGCUAUGCCUAUGACGCGGACCGGGCCGAGGAGCAUCGUCGGCACCAUGACAUGAUGCCCUACAUUGACGAUUCCCCCGCCUCCUCCCCCCACCUCAACUCCAAGAGCCGAGGCAGCCGGGACACCCUUUCCUCGGGGUCUCUGGAGUCCACAAAAUUGAGUGAGCCAGACUUGGAAAAGGGCUUGGAGAUGAGGAAAUGGGUCCUGUCUGGAAUCCUGGCUAGUGAGGAGACUUACUUAGGCCACCUUGAAGCCCUGUUGCUGCCUAUGAAGCCUUUGAAAGCGGCUGCCACAACAUCCCAGCCUGUGCUGACCAGUCAGCAGAUUGAAACCAUCUUCUUCAAAGUGCCUGAGCUCCACGAGAUCCACAAGGACUUCUACGACGGGCUCCUCCCCCGGGUUCAGCAGUGGAGCCACCAGCAGCGGGUGGGGGACCUCUUCCAGAAGCUGGCCAGCCAGCUGGGAGUGUAUCGGGCCUUCGUGGAUAACUAUGAGGUUGCCAUGGAGACGGCAGAGAAGUGUUGUCAGGCCAACGCUCAGUUCGCAGAAAUCUCCGAGAAUCUCAAGGCUAGAAGCACCAAGGAUUCAAAAGAACAGACAACAAAGAAUUCUUUGGAAACUCUGCUCUACAAACCGGUGGACCGAGUCACACGCAGCACCCUUGUGCUCCACGAUCUACUGAAGCACACUCCGUCAAGUCACCCCGAUUACCCUCUCCUGCAGGAUGCCCUCCGCAUUUCCCAAAACUUCCUGUCAAGCAUCAAUGAGGAGAUCACACCCAGGAGACAAUCCAUGACUGUUCAAAAGGGAGAGCACCGUCAGCUCCUGAAGGACAGUUUCAUGGUGGAACUGGUUGAGGGAGCCCGCAAACUGCGCCAUGUCUUCCUCUUCACUGACCUUUUCCUUUGUGCCAAGCUCAAGAAGCAGAUUGGAGGGAAAAGCCAGCAAUAUGACUGCAAAUGGUAUAUUCCACUAUCAGAUCUCAGCUUCCAAAUGGUGGAUGAUUCGGAGGCUGUGCCAAACAUCUCCCUUGUGCCUGACGAGGAGCUGGAUGCCAUGAAGAUCAAGAUUUCUCAACUCAAGAGUGAUAUCCAACGAGAAAAAAGGGCUAAUAAGGGCAGCAAAAAUCUGGAGAGGUUGAAAAAGAAGCUUUCAGAGCAGGAAUCUUUGCUUCUGCUGAUGUCUCCUAACAUGGCCUUCCGAGUGCAUAACCGUAAUGGCAAGAGUUACACAUUCCUCAUCUCAUCUGAUUACGAACGGGCAGAGUGGCGAGAGAUCAUCCGCGAGCAGCAGAAGAAAUGCUUCAAAAGCUUCUCGCUGACUUCAGUGGAGCUCCAGAUGCUGACAAAUUCCUGUGUGAAACUUCAGACUGUGCAUCACAUCCCCCUCACGAUAAACAAAGAAGAUGAUGAGUCCCCUGGUCUCUAUGGAUUCCUGAAUGUCAUUGUCCAUUCAGCCAGUGGCUUCAAGCAGAGCUCAAAUCUGUACUGCACCUUAGAAGUGGAUUCCUUUGGGUACUUUGUGAACAAGGCAAAAACGAGAGUUUACAGAGACACAGCAGAGCCGAACUGGAACGAGGAAUUUGAGAUAGAACUGGAGGGCUCACAGACGCUGCGGAUCUUGUGCUAUGAAAAGUGCUACAACAAAACCAAGCUUACCAAAGAAGAUGGGGAGGCCACAGACCGAAUCAUGGGCAAAGGCCAAAUCCAGCUCGAUCCACAGACACUGCAAGAUAAAGACUGGCAACGCACUGUCAUCUUGAUGAAUGGAGUUGAAGUGAAGCUCUCCGUGAAGUUCACAAGCAGGGAGUUCAGCUUAAAGAGGAUGCCCUCCCGCAAGCAAACAGGAGUAUUUGGAGUAAAGAUUGCAGUUGUCACCAAGAGAGAGAGGUCAAAGGUGCCUUACAUUGUGCGCCAGUGUGUGGAGGAGAUUGAGCGCCGUGGCAUGGAGGAGGUGGGCAUCUACCGAGUCUCUGGCGUUGCCACCGAUAUCCAGGCUCUGAAAGCUGCUUUUGAUGUCAAUAAUAAAGAUGUCUCGGUCAUGAUGAGUGAGAUGGAUGUCAAUGCCAUUGCAGGGACCCUAAAGCUCUACUUCAGAGAACUGCCUGAGCCUCUUUUCACAGAUGAACUCUACCCCAACUUUGCUGAAGGCAUUGCACUUUCAGAUCCAGUUGCUAAGGAAAGCUGUAUGCUGAACCUACUGCUGUCUCUUCCAGAACCCAACCUUGUCACAUUCCUUUUUCUCCUGGACCAUUUGAAAAGGGUUGCAGAGAAGGAGAACAUCAACAAGAUGUCACUUCACAAUCUGGCAACUGUUUUUGGACCAACGCUGCUCAGGCCAUCGGAAAAGGACAGUAAAAUCCCUGCUAAUCCAACUCAGCCUAUAGCCAUGACUGAUAGCUGGUCACUAGAAGUCAUGUCCCAGGUCCAAGUUCUCCUUUACUUCUUGCAGCUAGAGACUAUCCCCACCCCUGACAGCAAGAGACAGAGCAUUCUGUUCUCCACUGAAGUGUAGAAGCCCUGAUGAGUCUGUGUAGAACUUGGCUGUUGGUGUGAACGUGCCCUCCAAUCCUCCUUCAGACAUUCCUGGCCUGCCCUUGCCUACCAAGAGGAAAAGAGGCCUUCAGUACCUCUGCGAUUUGUCAGGCAAUGACAAGCUGAAGACUUUUUUUUUUUUAAAGAAAAUAAGAAAGUUUCCUUCCUCUUUUGACCACUAGAACAGGAAAAGAACUGGGCUAGACAAGAGAGUGGCUGUGCUGUGAGUUUUCCACCAGCAGAGGGAAACCCUGGGCAGCAAAACUGUUCUUGUGGGGUAGGCGAAGAACAGAUUCCUCUGGGUGUUGUUUUUUUUUUAAUGGAAUUAAUUUUAUCUUUGGGAAGCUUCAAGAUUUCUACUUGGACCACUUGUGAAGAGCAAAAGGAUAUAUCAAAACUGUAGUUUUAAUAGCUACUGUUUUGAUUUUUUUAAUGGAACGCUCCAAAGUAUAUUCAUCUAUGACACCCUCUAUUUGGAAAUUCAAAUCUUGAUUUCAAAAACUUUCUUUUUAAUAAAUAAAUUAAUACAUUAGAGGCUUCAUGUACAAUCAGACUUCUUGGUUGGGUAUUUUUUUGUCCCAGAUUUGCCUCUUUCCUUGGAAACAGAGAGAAGGGGAAACCUCAUUUUAUUGCCUUUUAUCCCUUUCUGGGUGGAGGUUGAUAAAGAAGGCACACCCUGUUGCAUCAUAUAAAGGUCAGUGCGAUAAAGGAGACUGGAGAAGGUAUUAACCAAAAAAUAAUGGGUGGCGUUAAUGUGAAAGAUUUGCUAAAUUAGUCAGGCAUUCUAAAUAUAAUAAAGCAUCACUUGCCAAAUGGGGAGCUUCUCCCCCAUAGAAAACAACAACACUUUUAUCCAGUUCUCCACCCAAACAGAUGAAGUCUGUUCAUAACAUUUUCUUCAAAGAUCUGGAGACAAAUGUUGAUAGCUCCCUGGCAGCUUGACCUAAACUUUUUUCUCAGCAUAGUUUUUUUGAUACUUGAAUUUUUAUGUUAUUUCUUAAGACUUCGUGUGUUGCUUAUGGAAAUUCUUUUCCACCUCCAUCCCCUUUUUUGCCGGUAAAUAUAAAUAUUUUUACAAGAUGUUUAAUAUCCUACACAAUGACAACUGAUUGAGCAGGGAGCAUUUUGUAUUUGUCAGAAAUCCCAGCCAUUCAGUUAAAUAUUGAAUGGACAUCAGAGCAGCCAUAUCUAGGCAUCAGUGAAUUGUAGCACUGGACAAGAAUCAGUGCUGGGAACUGGAAACAGGAACUAAUUGCAAAGUUCUAGGAUGGACAGGAACGUGUGGCUUUUGCUUCGAUUUAUAUUACAUUUGAGGAAAGUCUUUGUCUUUACCACUUCCCACUUGGUCAUGCAGCGUAACUCUUCCAUUAUACCCAUAGACCCACCAAUUUUACCAAGAAGAUCAGAAAUUGCUUACAGGCAAGUGAGAAGAUAGAUUAACCCCUCUCUCCUUAUUAAAGUGUGAGGGUCUAAGAUGUUAAACUAAACUGUUGGUUCAGGGGAAGUUUUUGAAGUAGGGAAUGGGGAGAGAUUUCCCCCAAGGUUUGUCCUAUUUCUCAGUUCUGAUAAAUAAAAGGUGACUCUCCUUGUUAAAGAGAACCAAAAGUAAACUGAGAAAUGUGCGUGUUGACAGCUCCUCCCAAUUUUUGCUUUCACUGUUCCAUAACAUCAGUUGCUUUGGGUAUUAGAAGAGAGGUUUUGUCAUCUUUCCCAUGUAUCUCUGCAUCUUUUAUGCUCUUGAAAACUAUUCAUACAGCAAUCUGAUACUGCUCAGCACCUCCUCUUCCCACCCAGCCUACAAGACAGUCCCUGUUAAGACACAACAUAUCUCAGCUUAUUAUUUUAUUGUUCUUACUGUGUUUUAUACUGUAAUUGUUUUAAUUGUUCCUAUUGUAUUUUAACAAUGUUUAUGUAAGCCUCCCAUAGAACUUCAGUUGUAGAGUGGCAUAGAAAUACCAUUAAUUAAUAAAUUAAAUUAUUAAGCCAAGAUAUGCACGA